GUUUAAAAAAUGCAGAAGCUCAUCAUCGCCCUCACCGCCGCCACGGCCUCGGCCUUCGUCGCGCCCAGCGCCGCCGCGCCCAAGACGCAGCUCGCCGCCGUCCAGGACAUGGAGGGCAUCACCAUGCCCAUGGGCCUUUUCGAUCCCUUCGGGUUCUCCAACGGCUGCAGCGACGAGGCGCUCGCGUGGUACCGCGAGGCGGAGAUCAAGCACGGCCGCGUCGCCAUGGCCGCCUUCGUCGGCUUCCUGGUCAACUACCAGGGCUACACGUUCCCCGCGAACCUCGACAUGUCGGGCAACAAGUUUGCGUCGCUCGGCACCGGCAACCCGCUCCUCGCCUGGGACAACCUCUCGGAGAAGGGCAAGUGGUCCAUCCUCGGCUUCGUCGGCCUCCUCGAGGUCCUCGGCGAGGCGGAGAAGCCCCACUACACCAAGGGCGGCAAGAGCGGCUCGCACGAGCUCGUCUGGUACUUCGGCUCCAAGUACAUCUCCGGCAAGUCCCCCGAGGACCGCCUCCGGAGCCGCAACGCCGAGAUCAACAACGGCCGCCUCGGCAUGCUCGGCAUCAUGUCCCUCAUCGCCGCGUCGACGGUCCCGGGCUCGGUCCCCUUCUUCACGUCGGACCUGGCGCAGUACACCGGCGACGUCUGGGCGCCCUUCUAAGCGGCGCCGGCGGCUGCGAAGCCGGCGCCGCGCCGGCGGUCUCCCACCUCCAUCCCAAAAAAAAGUCGCCCGGCGGCGGGGCGCGAAUCGUCGCGAGGCCGCGCGGCACGUCGUUCCCGUAACGGCCGUGCGCGCGGGUG